AUGUCCUGCCCAGACUGCUUCUCUGGCCAUGUCCGCGACGACGUCCCCAAAGGUCACGUCACGACUCUCCACGGGCUAGAGACUUAUGUUGCAGAGCCCAAUGUUCCAGCAGACCAGGUUAAAGGCAUUGUGGUCAUAAUCCCGGAUGCCUUUGGAUGGGAGUUCGUCAAUAACCGAAUCCUGGCGGAUCAUUAUGCCGACAUGGGCAAGUUUAGGGUUUACUUGCCGGAUUUUAUGAAAGGAACGGCGGCACCAGUUUGGAGCAUUGAUACGCUCCGCGCGGUAUUCAAGACGGGCAGUUUGUGGGACUGGGUGUCGAAACCGUACCACAUCGCCAACAUAAUCUAUGCCGUCUUGCCAUUCAUUAUCACCAACCGGCCCGCAAAAUCCUAUCCGGUAGUAGAAUCCUUCUUCACAUCUCUCCGCCAAUCCUCAGAAGGACAUCUCUCUAUCGGUGCGGCGGGAUUCUGCUGGGGCGGAAAACACACCGUCCUACUUGCCCACGGGGCAGCUACGACCGUAAACGGCGCGAAGAAGAACCUGAUUGAUGCUGGAUUCACGGGUCAUCCUAGUCUGUUGGCGAUUCCCGAGGAUAUCGAAAAGAUUACAAUCCCCGUGAGCUUUGCGCUGGCGGAGUUGGAUAAUAAUGUCAAAGCGGACAAAAUUGAGGAGGUGAAGAAGGUUAUGGAGGGGAAGGAAGGCGAGGUUAAGGUUUAUUUGGGAGCGGGCCAUGGGUUCUGUGUUAGGGCUGAUAUGGCGGUUGAGGAUUCGUCGAGGCAAGCGGUUGAGUCGGAGGAACAGGCGAUUGAUUUCUUUAAUAAGCGUUUUUCUUCGUAG